CUCUUCUUGCGUGCCAAAUUCUGGCAAAUUGUAUUUUGAAAGAUGAAGAAACCCUAUCCGAUGAUCAGAGAUAUUUCAAGGUUUUGGUCAAGUGUGCCGAUAUCUUCUUAGGGUUGGAUGCGGGCGAUCAAGCUUCAGGGGUUCUCAAACAAGCUGCAUUAUUAGUGGAUAUUCUGGAGAUCUGCGAAAUUUCCGACUCAGAGAUUCUGAUUUCCGUGGCAAAAUAUCACAUUCUGCGCGCUUUGCUAGCGUUGAAGAACGAAGAUCUCGAAUUGGCGGACGAAAUGCUAUCACGGGUCUCCAAAAGCGCCAUUGAAAUGAACUCGACUAUUGGGGAACAAUAUGUCGAGUUGUGUCAGACGGCGUUGCGGCUGGCAUUAAAACACGGCCGCGUCGACUCAAUGGAGAUGUGGUUACAAAAGAUAUCCGACGCAUUCGGUAUAUUCCACAAAUAUAACAGUCUGUAUGAAGACUGCAAGAGAAUACACUUCGGAUUGCUUCACGUACUCGCAAUUCAAGACGAUACUAAAACGUAUCAAGCUGUUUCCGAUUUAUCCAAAGCGUCUGUGGCCUUUACUACUUUAGCAAAGGAACUAUGUCGGGAAAUUGAGAAGGGUCAUCCGAAGCAUCCUUCAGUUCUCCUUUUUCAGCUCGAAUAUAUGUCAAAUGAGGAACAACCAGACAGCGCAUCAUUCCAUCGAGGUAAGGAUGUGGUUCAGCACGGCUACAAUUCUCUUAUGUUGACGUGUCAGCGCUUAUGGGAUACAUUGCAAUUAUGGAACCUACCAUUCGCAAUUUCAAAAGGUAUUACUAUCACCCCCAGUCUGAACAUCACAUUGACAGAAAAGAUCUUUGCGAUACAUCCUCAAACUGCGAGGCUCAAGGGUAUUGAUCACAACAGCUCUAACCAAGCCCUCGAAGCCCUUGAAAACCUGCUUGCAAUGAUAAGCAGCUUCUCUGACAAUACAAAAUGGCUGGAGCAGAUAUUUGUUGUGCUACUUAGACUAUUUACUUCCACACCAUGGUCCUCCAUAGAGUAUACAAAGUUUCUGGAAACCGUGGCAAAUAUUUUCAGCGACGCUCUACCAAACUCGUUGGAAAAUGCCGCGAGUGACGCAUCUCUAAUAAUAAUCUGGAAACAAGUUGAAUCAUAUGCCCUGCAGAAGAAUUUUCUGCAUGCGCAAGCAUGGUGCAGUCUUGGUCGACAUGACCUAUUCCAGCACGCUAGCAUGGUGAACCGAUCAAGAAUACUCAGAAAAGGAAUGUUUUGCGCCUUUCAAGUUGUAGAUUUCGUCGAUGUCGAGCGUGCUUGGACGUUACUGCCUGAACAUGACAGAGACUCGGAAACUGCAUACCUGAUGUACCAAGUUUAUCUCAAGGAGAAAAAGACCAGCUCGGCUGCCCAUCUCCUGAAAUGGAUUGACGACAUGGGAAACGAAGGACCGCAUUACACUGUAGCUGCCAUCGCCGCGGCGAUAUGUUUACAUGAGAGAAAACAGGCCUUGCAAAUCACCCAGACCCUCAUUGACGAAGGCUUGGAUACAUAUAAAAACGGGCGAUUCAGCUUUGACUUAUUCCGAAUCGCAAUCCAAAUCAUCAUUAUUGAGUUCCGCGAGAAUCAAAAACACGUCGAAAACUUGAUCAGCCAGAUCUACGAGAUUUUUUCAAAAGUCUUCGACAUCCUUCAGAAACAGAUCUUCGAACUCACCGAUCUCGACUGGUUCGCACGCUGUAGUUAUCUGAUUGCGCUGGAGAUGUUUAAAGAAGCUGGACAUUCUCAUACGUUGUUGUUACUCGGUAUUUCUCUCAGGUUCACAAACCUCUACCCCGAAACCAUCGGGUCAGACGUUAAGUCUAAUCUCGAGCACCAUCGUCUAUCAUGUCUCUAUCUCCAAACCCUCUUGCACGCAGCGAAAGCCCGCACGGAAACUAAUUCAUCUAGAAAGGAAUCAUCAUACUCCGAAGUGAUACGUCACUUCCAAGCAACCCAAACCAUCCUCGACGCGCAGAACAUCAAACAUGAGAAUACAUGGCCUGCGGACCGGUAUCGUCAGCUCUUGGUUUUCAAAGUAGAAGCGACUACGUUCCUCUCAGCGACUAUGGACGUCGAGCCGUCAAUUCCUUCGUGA